UGCUACGGGCAUCCCGAUGUUCAUGGCCAUUGGCCAAUGCGGCAGUAUCCUGGGGUCCCAUUUGUUCCCGCUGAACCAGUCGCCGCGGUAUCUGCAAGGCUUCGGUGUGUCUUGCGCUCUGGCCUUCCUCGCAGGCGUGCUUUCGCUCGUUCUCUCGAUGUCAUAUCGCCUCGAGAACGCCGAGCGAGACAGAUUGUACGGCAAACCCGAGCCCAACUCGAAAGUCGAUACCAGGGAA